ACCAAAACCCUACUCAUAUAGCCUCUGUCUUACGCACAGUUUGUCUCCUUCCUUGAGUGUUAGAGAGAAAGAAUCAAGAUGGGAGGAACAGUGAGAGAUGUGCAGUCCAAAUUGGAGCUCGACGGCGUUCUAAAGGAGGGGGCUCCGGUCAUCCUACACUUUUGGGCGUCUUGGUGCGAAGCUUCCAAACACAUGGAUCAAGUUUUCUCCCACCUUUCCACUGAUUUCCCUCGCGCUCACUUCUUAAGGGUUGAAGCUGAAGAGCAGCCUGAGAUAUCCGAUGCCUAUUCAGUUUCCGCUGUUCCCUAUUUUGUUUUCGCCAAGGAUGGAAAAACUAUUGACACUUUGGAAGGUGCGAAUCCUUCGGCUUUGGCAAACAAAGUUGCAAAGGUGGCUGGAUCGAUUGGUCCAGGCGAACCUGCAGCUCCUGCUAGUUUAGGAAUGGCUGCAGCAUCCACCAUUCUCGAAUCGGUCAAGGAGCUUUCAAGAGACAACAAAACAGAGAAAAUCCAAAGCAGUAAUAAAAGUGAAGAUCUCCAAAAACGUCUCCAAGAGCUUAUCGAUUCUCACCCCAUCAUGCUCUUCAUGAAAGGAAACCCCGAAAACCCUCAAUGUGGCUUCAGCCAGAAAGUGAUCGACAUCUUGAAGGAUGAGAAUGUGAAAUUCGGAACUUUCGACAUUCUAAACGACAACGAAGUACGCGAAGGAUUGAAGAAGUUUUCAAACUGGCCCACGUUUCCGCAGCUCUACUGCAAGGGUGAGCUUUUGGGAGGGUGCGAUAUAGCUAUCGCGAUGCACGAGAGCGGGGAACUCAAAGACGUUUUCAAAGAUCACGAUAUCAAAGUCUUGGGCGACUCAAUCGGGUCGGGUGGUGGCAUAUCUGAGCCUUCUACGGGGUUAAGCACAACUCUAACCGCUAGGCUCGCUGGUUUGAUAAAUUCUUCUCCUGUUAUGCUUUUCAUGAAAGGAAAACCAGAAGCGCCCAAGUGUGGGUUCAGCAGGAAGGUAGCUGAAAUUCUUGAACAAGAGAAAGCGGAAUUCGGGAGCUUUGACAUUCUCGAAGACGAUGAAGUGCGACAAGGUCUUAAGGUUUACUCGAACUGGUCUAGCUACCCUCAGCUUUACAUUAACGGCGAGCUUAUUGGUGGAUCGGAUAUUGUUCUUGAGAUGCAGAAGAGCGGCGAACUUAACAAAGUCUUGACUGAGACAGGUAUUAUCGGGGCGGGGACUCUGGAAGAUCGGCUUAAGAAGCUGGUUAAGUCUUCGCCUGUAAUGCUUUUCAUGAAAGGCAGCCCAGACGAGCCAAGGUGUGGUUUUAGUUCAAAGGUGGUGAAGGCUCUGAAGAAGGAAGGAUUGGAAUUUGGGUCGUUUGAUAUAUUGAGCGACGAGGAAGUGAGGGAGGGGUUGAAGAGUUAUUCGAAUUGGCCAACAUUUCCGCAACUGUAUUACAAGGGCGAGUUGGUUGGUGGCUGCGAUAUUGUGUUGGAGAUGCAACAGAAUGGUGAGCUGAAAUCUACAUUAUCUGAAUAGAAACAAGGCUGGAUUUUCAGACAUUUUAAAGCAUUUUGACAUAUUUUGGUCUUACUGAAGUGCAUUGUAAUGUGAUGUUGUGUUACUGAUCAUGCUUGUGGUUUGGUUUUUACCAUGUUUCCAGAGUUUUCUCACUCAGGUUUUUAUAUAAGUUUUUAUAAUAAUUGCCAUAUUUUGAAUCAUUAUAUUGCUUUUGUAUCUUUAUAUAAGUUUUUAA